AUGUGGAACGCAGGGUCGGAGAAAUUGUUUGGGUAUACAGCAGAGGAGGCCAUGGGGCGCAACAUAGUGGAGCUGCUGUGCUGCCAGCAGACAAGCCACGCCGCCUCGCAAAUCAUUGCCCGCCUGCAGGUGGGGCAGUGCUGGACGGGCAAUUUCUCCCUCAUAAAAAAGUCAGGCGAAGUUUUUGACGCGAUGAUCACAGACCGGCCUAUAUUUGACGGCAAGGGCAACGUGAGCAUGAUCGUGGGGGUGGCGAGUGACAGCCGGCCGUUCAAGGAGCAGAUUCGAGCGCUUAUCGGCAGCUGCAGCAGCAGCAUGCACAUCAGCACCAUCCCAUCGCCCACUGCAGCAGAGGACGAUCAAGAGCAACAACAGUUAACAGCAAUCUUAAAGCCGCUGCAACUGAACAUGACUACAACAACACCACUGCGGCCUGUCCGGACUGCUGAGAUUGCAGCAGGGAACACGCCUUCCCUCCUGGCUCCUGUAACUUCUCGCCCUGCCACUGCUCGUCUGCUUGCUCGCUCUCAGUCCCGCACUGCUCCUCUGCGUGUCCCCUCUGUGCCAUGCACUGAUGAGGUUGACAAUAUGACCGUGCCGCUUGCAGACCUCGUUGCUCGCGGCACUAGAGGCCUCGAUUCGCACGGAGGGACUGAGGACGGAGGAGACGCAGCAGCGAUGGCGUUUGAUUUCCCGAAAGGAGAAGCAGCAGUGCCAUUUGAUUUCAGCGCAGAGGGUGGGCCAGGAGAAGGGGAAGCCGCAUUACCAUUUGAGUUUGAGGCAGAGGGCGAGGGUGCUGCUCACGCGGAGUUGCAGCACCCUUGGCAGAUCCCCUUCGCUUCCACUGUCCUGUCCCUGGCUGGCAGGGUGGCACAGUCAAUCGGGCAGGUGCGCAAGCGCCUCUCCCCCACCAGCUCCACCGUCUCCUCUCAAAUUCACCUUGCAGAGCCCAUGCUACAGCAGCAUCUCCCACUGCCAUUACCAGCAGCAGCACCAGCAGCACCAGCUGCAUCUGGUGCUGUAGCUGAUGCCUCCCUGUCAGAAGCUCGUUUGCCUCAGGCGUCUGUAGCAGCGUCUCGUUUGGGUGGGGGCGUGCAGAGGAGGGGUGUGCAAGGGGGGAGGAGUCCCAAGGCUAGCAGGCUAACCUCUAUCCACCUUACAGCCGCUCGUCUCUCCUUCCCAUCGUAUUCGUUUCUCUUGGUCCGACCAUCGUUCUAUUCCCUGUUUGCCUUCUCCGUAUGGCAGGACGUGGCAGUGAAGGUGUUUGCACGGCAUGACAUUAGCGCUGACUUCAUGCGGGACUUUAAGAAAGAGAUCCGCAUAAUGGAGAAGCUGCGUCAUCCCAACAUCCUUCUCUUCAUGGGAGCAGUGGCCUCCUUGGAUCACCUCGCCAUCGUCACCGAGUUCCUCCCCCGUGGCAGCCUCUUUCGCCUGCUGCACCGCCGCACUGCAGGGCUCACACGUUUACGGCUUCUGCGAAUGGCUCUUGAUGUGGCGCGGGGAGUGAACUACCUGCACAAGUGCUCGCCCCCCGUGGUGCAUCAUGAUCUCAAGUCAGCAAACCUACUCGUGGACAGGAACUGGACUGUUAAGGUGGGCGACUUUGGGCUGAGCAAGAUGAAAUUUGCCACGUACCUCUCUGCUCGCUCGGGUCGUGGCACGCCCCAGUGGAUGGCCCCAGAAGUGCUUCGCAAUGAACCCUCUAACGAGAAAUCUGAUGUGUACAGCUUCGGAGUGGUGCUGUGGGAGAUGGCAACACGCCAGGUGCCAUGGGACGGAAUGAACCCCAUGCAGGUGGUGGGGGCCGUGGGAUUCCUGGAGCAGCAGCUGCCUCUGCCGCCCUCCAUCGACCCAGCCAUGCGGCUUCUCAUCUCCGAUUGCUGGCGCAGCCCUAUGGAGAGGCCAUCAUUUGAUGAGAUCACAUCAAGACUGAAAAUCAUGGUGCAGGAGCAAGAGCAGCAGCAGGUGGAUGGGAGACACGUGUAA